UCGCGCGUCUCCCGCCUCCGCCCUCCCGGCCGCCGCCUGCCGCCGUGCGUGCGCGGGCUGCGCGCAGGCGCGCUCAGCAGCUGUCAUCCGCGCAGGGAGCGGCGCGUCCCGCAGGCGCCGGGAGGAGAAGCCCCGGGGGACCCCGGGGGACGGCGGCGGAGGGGGCGGCGAGGGAGCGGGCGGACCUGCACACCUGCACACCGGCACUGUUGCCGUUCUCCCUCCUCCUCGCCUUCCUCCGGUUGCGGCUGCUCGCUUAAUCCUUUCCCGGACAGGCUGGAUUGGAAGUGAACCACAAUGGCUGCUGUCACCUCAGAUAGUCCUCCGAACCCAAGCUGCAAAAUCAUGACAUUUAGGCCUUCGAUGGAGGAAUUCAGGGAGUUCAACAAAUACUUAGCAUACAUGGAAUCACAAGGUGCUCAUAGGGCUGGAGUUGCGAAGGUAAACAUAUAUAGUGUUAUCCCACCAAAGGAGUGGAAGCCAAGAAAACAUUAUGAUGAUAUUGAAGAUUUGGUGAUUCCUGCUCCAAUUCAGCAGAUGGUCACUGGGCAGUCAGGGCUCUUCACACAGUACAACAUUCAGAAAAAGCCAAUGACAGUGAAGGAGUUCAAGCAGCUGGCCAACAGUGACAAAUACUGCACCCCACGAUACGUAGAUUAUGAAGAUCUGGAGCGCAAAUACUGGAAGAACUUGACUUUUGUGGCACCAAUUUAUGGAGCAGAUAUCAAUGGAAGCAUUUAUGAUGAAGGUAUUGAGGAGUGGAAUAUUGCCCAUCUUAAUACAAUAUUGGAUGUUGUAGGAGAAGACUGUGGAAUUUCUAUUGAGGGUGUAAAUACACCAUAUCUAUAUUUUGGCAUGUGGAAAACAACAUUUGCAUGGCACACUGAAGACAUGGAUCUCUACAGUAUUAAUUAUCUCCAUUUUGGGGAGCCAAAGUCAUGGUAUGCCAUUCCUCCGGAGCACGGGAAGCGGCUUGAAAGACUAGCUCAAGGGUUCUUCCCAAGCAGUUCUCAAGGAUGUGAUGCUUUUCUUCGCCACAAGAUGACUCUGAUUUCUCCAUCAAUAUUGAAGAAGUAUGGAAUUCCUUUUGACAAGGUUACACAAGAGGCAGGAGAAUUUAUGAUCACUUUCCCAUAUGGAUACCACGCAGGAUUUAACCAUGGUUUUAACUGUGCGGAGUCAACAAACUUUGCCACCAUCCGAUGGAUUGAUUAUGGAAAAGCAGCAAAGCUGUGCACUUGUAGGAGAGACAUGGUGACAAUAUCCAUGGAUGUCUUUGUGAGGAAGUUUCAACCAGACAGGUACCAGCUGUGGAAACAAGGCAAGGAUUUAUACACCAUUGAUCAUACAAAACCAACUCCUGAAUCAACACCUGAAGUAAAGGCCUGGCUACAGAGAAGAAGGAAAACAAAGAACUUUCCCAAGUGCAGCUUCCAGCACACCAGAUCUCGAUCUAAAAAGCUUAAAACUCCAGAGGACAAGAGAGUAUCUGCUGUGGUAGCUGGUGCAGAAAUCACAGUGACGGAAGCAGCUACUGAUGGUUUCAAGGUCAAUGAAGAACCUGGGAAAAAAGUGAGGCUGGUAAACACAGGAGUGCCUUCUGGGCAAGAAGAAAACAGUAGUAGAAUGCAGCUGGAUCAACAUUUAUUUGACAAUGUAAAGGUUGCAGGAAGCAUCCUUUCAGACUUACUUCCGAGCCCUAUUCCUGUACUAGAGAAAACAAAACUGAAAGAAGAGGACAGGACACAUUCCAGUCAUCCUCACUUUACAUGUGAAGAUCCUGUGGCCUGCAUGCCUGCUUCUGAUAGCUGUAGAAAAGAAGAGAGCUUGAAAUCUCAGAAUCAAUCUGUUUCAUCCGUAGUAUACCUUAAGUCAGAGGAACAUGCUUCUGAAGCAGAAAACACAGAUAAGGAGGAAAAUGUCUCGAUUGGGGAUGAUGUCAGUGACCUAGAAAGCUGUGGAAGUAGCUUGGAACAUGGAGAAGUGCCUGUUGUAAAAAAAGAUGAAGAUGAUGGCAUGGAAACAUCCAGUUCAGCAGAACUUGAAAGAAAGAAAAUAUCUAAGAGUUGGCGUCAUCCACUAAAUAAACCCCCAGCUAGAUCUCCAAUGACUUUGGUUAAACAGCAAGCAACUAGUGACGAAGAACUGCCUGAGACUACCUUGAUUGAAGAGGAAAUUCAAGAGACAGAGACAUGGGCCAGGCCUCUGGUCUACCUUUGGCAGACACGAGUACACAAUUUCAAUGCUGAAAAAGAGUACAAUGCAGCUUGUGCAGAAAAGGAACCACACUGUGCUGUUUGCACUCUCCUCAUGCCAUACUACAAGCCAGGCAAUAAUGAUGAAGAAAGUCCUACUUUUGGGGAAGCAAACUCAGCAGAAACAUUGAUGACUGAAAAUGAAAAGACUAAACCUCUUAUUCCAGAGAUGUGUUUUAUGUAUAGUGAAGAAAACACUGAAAACUAUCCAUCAAAUGCCUUUAUCGAAGAAGAUGGAACAAGUCUUCUGAUUUCCUGUGCAAAGUGCUGUGUACGGGUUCAUGCAAGUUGCUAUGGUGUUCCUUCUCAUGAAAUCCAUAACGAAUGGUUGUGCUCUCGGUGCAGUAAGGAAGCCUGGACAGCCGAAUGUUGUCUCUGCAAUUUGAGAGGUGGUGCACUAAAGCAAACUACUGACAAGAAGUGGGCACAUGUAAUAUGUGCAAUUGCCAUCCCAGAAGUCAGAUUUGGUAAUGUGACAGAACGUACACCGAUAGACACUAGCAGAAUACCUUUGCAAAGAUUAAAAUUGAAAUGUAUCUUCUGCAGACAGAGAAUUAAGAAGAUCUCUGGUGCCUGUAUUCAGUGUUCAUAUGGACGCUGCCCAGCCUCCUUCCAUGUUACCUGUGCCCAUGCUGCAGGAGUGCUGAUGGAACCUGAUGACUGGCCAUAUGUUGUCUACAUCACGUGUUCCAGGCACAAGAUCAACCAAAAUGUGUUUGCAGGAGCAGAGAGGUUUAAAAGUUCCAAAUCCCAGAAAACGGUCCAGAAAAGAAGCAUGAUAGCAACUGCAGUCUUGGCAAAACCAAAAGUGUCCAUGUUUAAGAGAGCUAAAACAAGUGAGAAGGCCAUUACGGUUGGGCAGACAGUCAUCACGAAACACAGGAAUACACGUUACUAUAGUUGCAGAGUCAUAGGAGUGACAUCUCAACUUUUCUAUGAAGUCAUGUUUGAUGAUGGCUCUUUCAGUCUGGAUACUUUUCCUGAAGACAUUGUAAGCAGAGAUUGCCUAAGGCUUGGCCCACCUGCAGAGGGAGAGGUUGUCCAGGUGAAGUGGCCUGAUGGAAAACUGUAUGGUGCAAAGUAUCUGGGAACAAACACAGCUCACAUGUAUCAGGUUGAGUUUGAAGAUGGUUCUCAAAUAGUAAUGAAGAGAGAAGAGAUCUAUACACUAGACGAAGAACUUCCUAAGAGAGUAAAAGCACGUUUUUCUACAGCCUCUGACAUGAGAUUUGAAGACACAUUUAAUGGAGCAGAUGUUAUAUUGGGAGAGAAGAAGAGGCAGAGAGUACUGAGUUCCCGCUUUAGGAAUGAAUAUGUGGAUGAUCCAGGUUACCGCACCUUCUUAAAAAGCUCAUUCCAGAAGAAAUGCCAGAAGGGGCUAUAAGGGAAGCAAGAGAGAAGGAGGGAUGUUGAUUGAAAAGCAUGCAGCAUUGUUUGCAGUUGGUUCUCGUUUAAUUGAACACUCAGUUUUACGAUUAACUAAUCUAUACACCAGCCUUGAAAGCUGAAGUUCGUGAGUUCUGAUUUCCUCAGUUAAUGUAUUAAAGAUUUUGUAAUGUUUUGCAUUAUGAAACUAAGUAAGAAGCCAAGUGGGAGUAAGGGGGAUUACACACUGACAUGCUGAAGAAAACUUUCAGUCCUGCUCGCAUUUAGAUAAGUGGUAAAAUUCCCUUUGAAUUACAGAAAUAUUCGCAUUCAGAAGAGAAGACAUUUUAGUAACAGAGAUAAUUUCAGUGGCUUAUUUUUUUCUGCGGACAGGAAAGGAUGUUAAGUUCAAUAAUAGCAGUUUUUAUAAAACAUUUUGGAAACAAAUACAAAUAUGUACAGUAUUAGACAAACAAAAGCUUUAUUUACUUUAUACAGUGCUUUUGCAUUUUUAUGUCACUACUGCUUUCAGUAGGAUUUGAUGGGGAUUCAGCUGUUGACUUAGAUAUUUUUUGCUUUUAAGAAAGAUUUCUUCAGUGCAGCAAAGUUGUUUUGUAUAUUUAAAGAGGCAGAUUUUGACAGAUAUUUUUAAACAUUUUUCAUAAGGUCUAUUAAAAAUAGCUAUUUGUAAAAUAUAAUUUUCUUUCUUCAUGUGUACGAAAAAUUGGAGUUUAUAUAUGCUUAACAGCCUAGUUUUGAAUGAAUAUAUUAUUGUCUUCCUUUUAAAAUAAUAUUCUAUCAAUGUAAUAUGUUUAAAAAUAAAUGAACAAACAAAUCCUUUUCCUUGUAGCAUUUUGUCUGUUGGUAUGGUUUCCAACCUUAGGAGUCAAGAAACUUCACUAUGUGCGCUCUGUGUGUAGUUCCUGAACACAACAGAAAAUACACACAGACACACACGGCUGGGUAUUAAAAUGCAAACUUGAUAAAUACUGUAUUUUCAUUUAUUUUCUUUCUAUUUCCCUUCAGUCUUUGGGCUCUUGACCUUUCUGGAUGUUUCACAGAAAGGAGAAAGUCUGAAUUUGUCUGAAACACUUGGGUAUGUGAAACUAGAAGAGAGCUUUAACAAAAUGACAUCAUCUGUUUCUUGUAAAUUGGACCAUCAGCAGGAUUUCUGGCUGUCUGCUGCAGGAAAAAGCCCUCUCAAAAUCCAAUUUAAAUCCAAGCACUGCUGUUUCUAGGAUUCUGAUUGCAAAAAAACCCCUCAAUAUAUGGGCCCAAACAAUUUUUCAUUACUAACCCAGUCCUUUAUAUGCUGAGGCACACAGAUCUUUGUUUCAGUGUAGCCAUUGCAUGAUUAUUCUUAUUUUUUCGAGUGGACAGUAAAAUAUUUGCAUUUACUAUGUGACACCUCAAUUGACAAUUUAAUUUUUCUGCCCUACAUUAACUAUCUUUUCUUGUACCAAGAGAUCACUCAGAAUCCCUUUAGUCCAAGAAAUUGCUUGGCUGUGAUGAUUGAAAUGUAUUUCUAAUUGACAACAAUUUCUCUAGAGGUGGUGGGUUGUAGUGUGUACUUUCUGGAGUAUUUCAGAAUAUCAGAACUGUUUAUGGUGUUGUACAAGAAAAAUAAAAUCUAAUGAUACAUUUUCAAAAUGCAAGAUUGUUGCUGUCUUCUAAAGUUAAAUGCAGAAGAUAACCUGGUUAUUGAUGGUUAGUUUCAAAAUACUGUUCUAGAGUAAGAUUGCUUUUAUGAUCCACAAUAAAAGUUCAGAACAACUAUAGCAUUAUUAAUUGGUUAAAUGCGUAUAAAUAUAUUUUGUAAUUAAGUAGAUGAAGCUAUGCGGGUACUACAGAGCCUAAAAAACAAAUGUAUGUUCUUUUUAUGGAUCUGAUAUGACCUGUUAAUGACGCCGUGAAUAAACUGCCUCAUCUCUAUAAAAUG